AUGAGGUCUCUCGGCAGUUCAGGCCGCGUCAUUUGCGCACCAAUUGUGUCUAGCUCUCACGCUCGCACACUCUGUAUAGCUCGGCCCUGCCUGGCCCAAGUGUCUCCGCCACUGCCCUUCUCCUGGUCCCAUCUUAAAUCUGAUGGCCAAGCUGGAGAAAACAGCGAAGCUCAAUCCUCAAGUGCUACUUCUUCCUUCCUCCGAGAUCAUCGAGUAUCAGUGAAACAGAAGCGUGAUCGCAAACUUCGCGAAUAUGAAGCCAAGAUCAAGGUCAAAGCCAUGCAGCAAGGCCUUUCACCCGAAGAGUUCAAACGCCGAUCCCUCGAAAUUGCCGCAGUCAAGCCAUCUGAGCCCAUGUCUCGUUCGACAACGACAUCGUCUGAAGCGAAACUUAAAACUACAGAGUCUCUGUCAGAGGUAGAGAAACGCGACCAAGCGAUAGCACAAUCCAUUCAGCAUCGAUCCAAAGCUGAAGCUGCGAAGAAACUCGCUUCCGGCCAAGUACACUCUACUCCCACCGGUGCACAAGAAAGUCCGAUCAAGCCUCUUAGCAAGAUUCUUGACGUCGAGAAGCUCAUGACACAAGAUGUAGAGACCAUCACCAAGCUCUGGGCCGGAUAUCACACCAUCAAGAACAAGCUCUCGGCUGUGAUCCCUACCGAACGCUACCUCGUAAUGCUUGCAAAUGCUCGAAGAUAUCCUCAAUUCGUCCUACCACUACCACGCCAAGUGAUUGAUGAGGAUUCCGAGGUGUCAGGUGCGUCCAAAGAAGCUUUUGAGAUGCAGUUCCUCGAAUGGGCCGUGAUUCCGAGCGCAGCCGCGCUGGGUGCGCCUCCGUCGUCCACCACCCUCUUCACGCCUCUGGCCGAGUACAAGCUGAAGCAAGAUUUCAGUCAACCAGUUCUCAUCCUCACUUUCUACACAGAUCUCUGCCAAAGCAACGGUCUAGUACUGAUGAGAGGCGAAGUAACAGGACUCAACGAAAAGACAGGCAAGGGCGGUCGAAUCGAUCAGGCGCAAGCGCAGCUGCUCGCUCUCACCCUCCAACGCUUCUACCUGCCCUCCUCUUCGACGCCACCAACCGACGCUGAAGGGGAUCAGUCUGCAUGCGCCAAGCUCCUUCACGAUUUCCACAAAAAGCCCGAAGAGUUUGACGUGGAAGAACUCGUCAAUGUAGCCUUUCGCCUCUAA